CUUCAAGCCCUAGAGCUCUUCCCCAGCACCGAAGCUUCCCAACCACUACUUUAUCCCUGCUUGGAUCCAUCGACUUUAUUUUUGACAUUUGAUACUUCUGCAUCUCUUAGCUGGAAUGUUGAGAAAAAUUCUACAAGACCUGCUUCAAAUUUGAACUUCCCGCUAAUUUACUGUCUUUACGCAUUGAUUUUCAUUGUAAUCUAACUAAUUUUGCAUAAAUCCAGUCCAUUUUGGUGAAUGUUAUGCGAAAAUUGACAUUUUUUAUAGCUCCUGAGGCUUCUGGAGCAGUUGCCUCUCUGUGAGUUCUUCGUCGCUACCAGGGCGGAUGUUUAGAAGCAACAAUGUCACUUCCAGGAUUUUUGAGCGCCAGAUUUCCACUCCUGCUCCGGGAACUAGUAUUCAUCGAGCCAGGCUAUUUUACGAAAACAUUGUUCCAAGUGAUACCGUGUUUGAUGUUGAGUGCCCGGACCACUCUUUUUGCAAGUUCACUGAGGAUGGUCUGUAUCUCAUCACCUUCAGCAGAGAUCUCAAAGAUCUGAUCGUUUAUAGGCCAAAAUGGUUGUCAUUUUCAUGUAGUCAAGUAGACUGUGAUGCCCACGAGCUUCCGGAGAAAACCAAAAAGUUUGAGAGCUUCUUUACCCAGCAAUACAGUGUUUCACUUGCUUCUAGUGGUGAGGUUGUAUGCAAAGAGUUUUUCCUCUAUCUAGCGAAUAACCGAUUUGGCCUCUUUGCAACUUCAACUGUCACUUCUCAAGUUCAAGAUGCACCCACUAUUGGCGGAGCCCUCUACGGGAUCCCUUCAUUCGAAAAAAUCACUUUUCACCUUUUGAGACUGGACGAUGGAGCUAUACUUGAUGAGAGGGUUUUCUCCCACGAUUGUAUUAAUCUUGCACAUAGCAUGGGUGUUCACAUGUAUGAUAAUUUGCUGGCUGUAUUGUCCCUCCGCUAUCAAAGAAUACACAUCCUUCAGGUAAGAGAUUCUGGAGACCUGGUAGAUGUUAGAUGCAUUGGAGAAUUUUGCCAUGAAGACGAUGAACUGUUUCUCAAUUCCUCCCAGGUUAUUGUGAAUCAUAGUGGAGGGGGCUUUAAUCACCGCGAGCCUAUCCCAGAAACUUCUUUCAUGGGCGUCCUUAAACAAAGGUUGCUAUCUUUCAUAUUUAGAGGGAUUUGGAAUGAAGAAUCAGAUCCAACCAUGAGAAUGCAGAGCCUUAAGAAGAAGUUCUACCUCCAUUUUCAAGAUUAUGUUGAUUUAAUAAUUUGGAAGGUGCAGUUUUUGGACAGAUAUCACUUACUAAUCAAGUUUGGCAGUGUCGAUGUUGGGAUUUCCCGAAAUGCUGAUAACCAUCCUGCGUUUUUUGCUGUUUAUAACAUGGAGACUACUGAAAUAGUUGCAUUUUAUCAGAAUUCAGCUGAGGAGCUCUAUUUAUUGUUCGAGCUCUUCUGCGACCACUUUCAUGCAUCGUCCAGAAGUUCAUUGCAUACCAACUUCAUAUCUAGCCAUUCAAACAAUGUGCAUGCCCUCGAGCAACUACAGUGCAGCAAAAGCAAAGCCAGUAGCUUUUCUCAGUUUGUCAAGAAGGUUCUGUCAACAUUGCCUUGUAGUUGUCAAUCUCAGAGUCCUUCACCAUACUUUGAUCAAUCUCUCUUCAGAUAUGAUGAAAAGCUUAUCUCAGCGUCUGAUCGACAUAGACAAUCCAUUGACCAUCCCAUCAAAUUCAUUUCAAGAAGGCAAGCGAAUAUUCUCAAAUUCAAAAUUAAAACAGGACCUGAAUCUGGGAAUGCCGAUGGAAGGUCAAAGAAGAUAUCUUCGUUUCUCUUCCAUCCAAUUUUCCCCCUCGCGGUUUCGAUUCAACACACAUUGUAUUUUCAGCCAGCAGUUGUAAAUAUCCAUUUUCGCCAGCCAUGAUUGCAUUUUGGCCAGUGUGUAUACAUAAAUGGCAGCAUUUCUCUUUGCUGAGACCUCAUUCCAAUGGCUCAAACCAUGUCCGAUUUGAAUGAAGGUCGCCGGGGCGUGCAAAGGCGCAGGAAGUUGACAAGUGUUCCUAUUCAUGAUACUAGUAAGUGCAAUUUGUGGCUUUUAACUUCUAAGUGUAAAAUAACCUGCAAAGCAUGCAAAUACAUUAUUUGGAAAAAAAACUUUAGUUUGGGAAUUUGGAGGAAGAAAUUAAAUAUAGGAACUAUAUGCGG